GAGAGAGCGCAAAUGUUACGGCUAUUGAUCUGGCCAGCCACAUGCGGCACUCAUUUGAUUUCUACAUAAUGAGGUUGAACAAAAACACAUGGAGCUUGCGAAAGGCAGAUUAUGGACAUUUCAACUGUAUGCACGUAGGCCAUGGGCCAAGAUCCAGGAAUUGCGUCUCUGCAUCGGCUCUGCUCCGUUUGGAGCAGGUUCGUAGCCGGCACCACGUACAGGUUGCAGAAUCCGUCUUCGCCGACCUCAUCCCAGCGAUUAUGUCCGGGGGAAGCGGUUGGUAACGCUGACCUGCCACAGCGGAGUUCAUCCCAGCAAUUAUGUCCGGGGGAAGCGGUUGGCAACGCUGACCUGCCACAGCGGAGUUCAUCCCAGCACUUAUGUCCGGGGGAAGCGGUUCGUAACGCUGACCUGCCACAGCGGAGUUCAUCCCAGCAAUCAUGUCCGGGGGAAGCGGUUGGUAACGCUGACCUGCCACAGCGAAGAGAGUUUUACAUCUGGUAGGGCAUGGUUAACUGCCAGAUGGACACGAGUGUGAAGAAGAAAGGAAAGAAAAGUUCAAGACAA